GGCUCUGCUUAUUGACACUUCUAGGAUGUAAGGUCGAAUGUGAAAAACAUUGAUGUUGUCUUACUCUGCUGUGUGGGAGAGCAGAUAUGUACACCACUGAACUAUAAACAUUUAGCUAUAAAAAGUAGAUCUUCUGCUUCAUAGAUAUAAUGUGAAUUAUGCUCAAUUAGUUAAGCUUGCAAUUAGACUUUACCAAGUAAACUGUGGAAAUGGAUAUCAGACAUCACAUUAUAUUACAAUAUUACAGUUAACAUUAGCUCCAAAAUGUAACAUUACCUGCUGGUUAUUUAUACUAGUGUUCACUGUUUUUAUUGAUUUUGCUGUUUUAAUGUUCACAGAAAUCAUCAGAAAUAUAGUGAAAGAGCGCCUCCUACACCUUAACUUUUGACACUGUUAUUUGUAGGGAGAGAAGCAUGCACUGCUGAGUUAUUUAAUACAUACACACAUAUGGAAACUCUAUAAUCUAAAUUAUGUAUUACAAACUGUCCAUUUAUUUCACAAACACACCCACACACUCACACUGUGUAAUAUUCACAUGCAUACAGACCAAUAAGGAUAUUGGUGCUUAAAGGUGCUGAAGUGACAAUCAAAUCUACAAAUACAUAACAGGGCAUUUUGUCAUAUCAUGAUUUUCUAAAAUACUCUUACUGUAAUACAACCAGCAAUGUUUUUGUUUCUCUAAUUCACUUCAGGGAGGUGUUCCAGAUUUGUGACUUGGUGACAAACAUGGGUGUCCAGAUGUAAAAUAGUGAAGAUUCUCCCUAACAAGUCCUGGGAUUUCCUGUGAGGAGAGAUGGCUGUAUCAUCACAAAAGCCCAACCUGGUUUCGACAGACAUGGAGGACACGAUAGAGGUGGAUGAUAUGAAGCACUCAACCGGGGAAGACCAAGAAAACAAGAUGAUACCUGACAGAAUGUGCAAAACGUUGUCUUCAAUCCCCCAACUGAUGCGGAGCGCAUUGGAUGAUCUGUCUAAAGCCGAGCUUAAGAGGUUCAAGACUAUUCUCAAGGAAAGAUCUGCAAUACCAUGGGGGAAGCUGGAGGAAGCUGACACUGAUGAAAUUGUGGAACAAAUGGUUCAAAAGCACUGUGUGGCAGACUCUCCCAAGGUCAUGUUGACCAUCUUAAGGAAGAUGGACAAGAACCAGCUGGCCACAGACUUACAGAAAAAACUAGGCACAGAAUGUGAUGCAGCACACACUGUUCUCUCACAGAAGGAGUCACUAAAACAGAAGCUUCGGGCACACCUGAAAAGCAGGUUUUCUACUGUACAUCAAGAGUGUAAAGAUUGCAGAGUGCAAGAUAUCUACACUCAGCUUUACAUUGUAGAGGGCCGCACAGGCGGGGUCAUCUGUGACCAUGAAGUAUCGACAAUUGACAUGAGACAGAUUGGGGCAGGACCAAGCUCUGAAGAUGAACAAGUCAAGUUGGCAAACAUGUUCACAGACAGGUCUGCCACAAAAGUUUUGACUUUGGGAAUUGCGGGUGUGGGCAAAACCAUUGCAGUGCAGAAGUUUGCCAUGGACUGGGCUGAGGAAAAAACAAAUCUAGACAUAGACUUUGUUUUUCUCCUUCUAUUUCGGGAGUUAAACGUAAAGAAAAAAAAAUGCUACAGCCUUUUUGAUCUUCUUUUUGAAUUUUACACUGAUCUCAAAGAUUUGAAAAACUUCCCCGAAUUCAGUGGAUGCAAAAGUCUGUUUGUCUUAGACGGCUUUGAUGAAAGCAAACUCCGGCUGGACUUUGAAGAGUGUAUUUCUGAGCCUGAAGAAAAAUCAUCAGUUGACAUCCUCAUAACAAGCCUCAUUAAGGGUAUGCUACUGCCCUUUGCAUUCAUCUGGGUCACAACCAGACCAGCAGCAGGCAGUCUGAUCCCACGUAAGUGUUUCAACUUGGUGACAGAGGUUCGGGGAUUCAAUGACCUCCAGAUAAUUGAGUUCUUUCAGAAAAACAUAAAGAAUCCAGAGCAGGCCAAGAGAGUCAUUGAUCAUAUCAACAAGAAUAGAAGCCUCCUCAUCAUGUGUCACAUACCAGUAUUCUGUUAUAUUAUAGCCAAUUUGAAGGACAAAAUACUGGAAGAUCAGAGCAAAGAAGCCAAAACUCUGACAGAAAUGUACACAUUGUAUUGUGUCUCUCAGAUAAAAAGAAUGAAUGACAGCUAUCCGGAGGACAAGAAGAUGAGUGGAAAGGAAAAAGGGCAGUUCCUUGUUAAACUUGGGAAACUGGCAUUCAAACAUCUGGAGAAAGGAACCCUGGUCUUCUAUGAGAAGGACUUGAAAGAGUGUAGCAUUGGUGUAGAUUGCGGAGCACUGCAGGCUGGAGUUUGUACACAGAUCUUCAACAUGGAGAGUGCUGCAACUGGAGAGAAAAUUUUCAGCUUUGUGCACCUCAGUGUACAGGAAUUCUUGGCAGCUCUUUAUGUUGUUCAUGAAGGUGUUCAUCAGGCAAAUCCCUUUGAAAUGAACUGGAUAGAGAAGACCAGCUGGCUGUUCACACACUCAAGGUUCGACCUUUACAUAUUUGCUGUGGAAAAGGCCCUGCAGAGCCAGAACGGACAUUUGGAUCUUUUUGUCCGUUUCCUCCUCGGCCUGGCUCCAAUGUUGGAGCCAAAAAUCCGGUCCCCCCUGGAUGUGCUGCUGCCACAGUUAGCUGUCAGAGGUGUGAGCAUCAAGAAAACGGUUCAAUACAUCAAAGAGAAGAUCAGGGAAGACAUCUCACCAGAACGGAUCAUCAACCUCUUCCACUGUUUGAAUGAGUUAGGGGACAACUCACUGAUUGAGGAGAUCAACAGGUACCUAAACUCAGCAGAUGAGGAGAAGAACCUGACUCCAGCCCAGUGUUCAGCUUUGGCUUAUCUGCUGCUAAUGUCAACUAAAGACAUGAAUGAGUUUGAUCUGAAGAAAUACCUGAGAUCAGAGCGAGGGCUCCACAGAAUGCUUCCUGUAGUGAAAGUCUCUAGGAGAGUUUGGCUAAAUCAGUGUCGACUCUCUAAGGCAAGCUGUAAAAUGAUGGCAUCAUUGCUACAAGGGACACCUUCCCAUCUGAGAGAACUGGACAUGAGUAACAAUGACCUGAAGGAUGAAGGAGUGGAGCUGCUCUGUGUGGGACUAAGAUAUCCACAAUGCAAGCUGGAAACAGUUUGGCUGAGCCAUUGUCUCAUCACACACAAGGGCUGUUCUUUCUUGGCCUCUGCCCUCAAAUCAAACCCCUCCUACCUGAAACAGCUGGAUCUGAGCUACAAUCACCCAGGAGAUUCAGGUGUCAGAGAGCUCUCAGAGAGACUGCAUGAUCCCAACUGUAAACUAGAGACUUUCAGGUAUGACCAUGGAGGAGAGUGUAGGAUGAAACCAGGACUGAGAAAAUAUGCCUGUGAGCUCACACUGGACCCCAACACAGCACACAGAGAACUCUCUCUCUCUGAGGGGAACAGGACGGUGACACGUGUGAGAAAGAAGCAGCCAUAUCCUGACCACCCAGAGAGAUUUGACUACUGGCCUCAGGUGCUGUGUAGAGAGGGUCUGUCUGGACGCUGCUACUGGGAGGUUGAGUGGAGUGGUCGUGUUGUGAUAGGAGUGGCAUAUAAAAGCAUCCAGAGGAAAGGGAGGAGUGAGGACAGGUUUGGAGAAACUGACAAGUCCUGGUGUCUGGAUAUGUCCGGUAACUCUGGUUACUCUUGGUACUCUACCUCUACUAUGUCCGAUAAGUACACUCCCCUCCCGGCCCCCCUCUCCGGCUGCAGCAGAGUAGGAGUGUACCUGGACUGGCCAGCAGGCACUCUGUCCUUCUACAGCGUCUCCUCUGACAGACUCACCCUCCUGGACACGUUCCGCCCCAAAUUCACUGAGCCCGUCUAUCCUGUGUUUUGGGUUGACUCUGGCUCCUCAGUGUCCCUGUUCCAGAUUACAUGACCUCUUAAUUCAGCAGGGACAUCAGAAUCUGCAGAAGAGUCACACACUCCUGUUCAAACACCACUGUGUGAUGGAAAAUAUUGUUAUUUAAAUUAUAUUUACACCGCAUUGUAUUCAAGGGAAACUUGACAUCCACUCAACUAUACAUUUGUGUGUGUGUGUGUGGUGUACAGCUCAGACAACCAAAACCCUUGCGCCUAGGCAUUAAAAACUGGCUGCCUAUUGAACACUGUCAACUUUAUUCUGUCAAUUAACCAAAAGGCGGACUGGAUGAGCCAGUGCGCCCCACCUGAAACCAUCUCCCCAAACCCUGUGCAGGCAUACGCUGACCAUGUGCAAAUGUCAUCACACCAAGAGAACAUCAUAACAGAUGUGCUAAACAGGACUGAUGCCUUUUGAGUGGUCUGCUCUACAGAUGAAAGAGUCCAAAUGUGUUACUAUAUUACACAAUCACUGCGUGCAGCCGAGCAGUCCUGAUGUCAGCCAAAUAUGGUCAGUGCCAGAAACACUGGACUGGGCUUAAACUUCAGGGAAAGCUAGCCUGCAUGUCCUCAGUGGACCAUUCCGUGUCUCACACCACUCUCCAAAAUACCUCUAUUGACAAGGAUGUCCAGAUCUUUACAGUCAAAGCCGGACUUCAGGUGCUUCCAACCCAGCCCACUCUCUCCAUCUGGUACCCUGACUCUCAUUCUGUAUUCGCCAUAAUUAUUAUUGGUACCUUUUUAAUGUUGUAUAAUGUGUAUUUCUUCUCACACAUGAUUUUACCCCUGUGUUGUGGGCCUAUGGUAGUAUGGGCCAAUUAGGGGUAGCUCAGCUACCUGAUAAAAGGGUUAGCGUGGUAGUGGUUGGGAGGGUUCUGUACUAAGAACUUCUUGGAUGAGAGUUUGUUGGUGAGCUAUAUAUGUAUGCUUUUCUUUAUUUUCCUCAGGAGAGUAAGGAUAAUACUUAUGUGCUAUCACAGUGUAGGGACAUGGUGUACUAUUGACUGUACAUAUACAGUUUGUAAAUAUUUUUUGUUUCAAUUUAUAUAAUCAGUCUUUUUGUUUAUUUUUCACUUCUUGGAUUAUGCACCUGGUGGAGGACAAAUACAUUUACAACAACAGAGCCUUUUCUCCAUGCUGCCUUUUGUGCCUUCACUAAAAGACUCUCGAAACGGUUAGUCUUUGACACAUACCAAUUGUUUUGUUAAACCACAAAUGUUCUCCUUGUGCAAUGCAGACAUGUUUUCUGAUGCAAAUGCCAUUAGACACAAUAUUGUUUGCUGUUUGUUUUUAGCCAUAAGAUGUGUUGUGCUGCUGUAUAAUUACUGCUGAUUGAGUCACAUGUUUGAAUCAUGUCCGAGCAAUUAAUGCAUCUGCUAAAAUUGGGUCCUUAAGUGUAUUUUUUUAAAUUGGUGACUCAAAUAAAGAUGUAAAAUGUG